UCUGAAACCUGCUGCCGGAAGUCAUGUAUGUGAAUAUGUUUCGGUGUCUUGACACCGGUCUCCCAGCCAGAGUAACGGUAGUCGUCGCUUCCGAUCCAUCAAUUGUCUCGGUUUGUUGACGUUUGCUAGAGAACAGCAGUAGCUAGUAACUGGUGCCUGUCCGUGGUUUCAGGCGAGUCGUGUGAGAGUCAAUGAAGCUAGCCAGCUAGCUAGCUUAAAUGGGUUUUCGAGUUAAAAGAUGAUCGCCUCACUUUCUAGAGGAAGUUUGCUGGAUGAGGUUCUUCAUGGGGGCUUUAAUGAGCAGCAGCUGGCUGCUUAUGUUUCCUGGGUGAACUCUCAGCUGAAGAGGAAACCAGGCCUGAAGGCUAUCACAGACCUCAGGCAUGAUCUGCAGGAUGGGGUGGUGCUCACACAACUAAUAGAGAUAGUUGCCGGGGAAGUGCUGGAGGGAGUGUAUGUCGCGCCACAAAACAAAGAAGAAAGCAGGAAGAAUGUGGAGCAAGUCUUGCAGUUCAUUUCCUCCAGACACAUACGUAUGACACACAUAUCUGCAAGAGACAUUGUCGAUGGUAAUCUGAAAUCUGUAAUGAGGAUAAUUCUGGCGCUGGCAGCCCACUUCAAACCCUCAGCCAAUAGCAGGGCUGCUUCUGGAAGUGGGAGGGGUUUGUCAAGAGGUUCUGCCAGCCACAACCCUCUCUCCACGGUUGCAUUAGCACAAGGUGCCGCUGCCGCCCUGGCAUCAGCACGACUUGAUGCCUCACAGCCUGCACGUGCCGCACGUAUCCACAGUGGCUGGGGGCUGGAUAUGGAAAAGAGUGUGUGUGUUCGUGCGCUGGUUGAGCAGUAUGAAAGAGGAUCUCCGGAUGAACAGGACAAUCCUCAGCCUAGCAGCCUCAGCUCCGUCAGUCCACUGUCAUCUCCAACACCUCCACCCAGUAGCCACUCAGACCGACAGCAGGACGACCGGCAACAACAGGAGAUCAGUGCCGAGUCAUGUCAUUCUGUAGCGGAGACGGUGUGGGAAGAUUCUCUCAGUGAAACUUUGGAGAUGGAGGUGCAGGAGACACGUAAAAUGGUGUCUGCUUUACAGGCCCUGCUACUGCAUGGUUCGCUGCCUGAGGAUGAGCAGGAUGUGUCUUUGAGUUUGGACCAAGGCAGCACUGAACAGCAACUGGUAGUCAUCCGCAGCCGUUUGGAUCAGAGUAUGGUGGAAGCCCAGGAGCUGAAGAGGGAACUGUUGCGCUGUAAGCAGGAGAUGAGAAACCUGCAGGGAGUCAAGGAUGCCCAGCAGCAGAGGCUGUGCACUCAGGAGGCAUCAAUACUGCAGAUGAAGCAAGAGCUUCUCAGAGCCAGCAUGACAAAGGAUGAACUCAACAACCAGAACGCAGAGCUACAGUGGAAGCUGGAGGAAUGUAACAGGCUAUGGGGCGAAUGCAAGGUGACACACUCCAAUCCCUCUCUUUUAAUGAAGGAGAUCGGACAGAAGGACAGACUGCUGCAGCAACUCAAACACAAGCUUGAAGAAGGCCAGAAAAAGCAGAGUGAAUUGCAAAGAGAGUUGGAGCUUAAAAACAGCAUUCAGAACCCCAUCGGCGCAGAAAACAAUGGAUAUUCUUACUCUGGAAAUCCAGCUCCCUCUAUGUCAGGCCAGGCAGAGGAGGUUCAGCUGCUCAGAGAUGCACUUAGGAGUUUGAGGAACAACUUCAGAGACCACGACCCGCAGCACCAUACGCUGGACACCCUGGAGCAGGGCAUAGUAUCACUCAUCGACCGACUGCAUGUUCUGCAUACACACAAGGGAAGGGGGAAAUCUCCAAGACGCAAAGGUCAACACACAGACUCUGACACCUGGCCUUGCACAAAGGUUUGUCAAUCCCACAGUGGUUCUUCUGCCUCCACUAAAAUCCUUUAUUUUACUGGAAAAUCCUCAACACCUUCCAUGAUCAAUAUACAGAAGAGGCUGGGUGAGGUGACUCUCAAGGAUGUUAAGGCAGCUGUGGAUCGAGAGGGAAACUACAGGUACCACUUCAAGGCCCUGGACCCUGAGUUUGGCACUGUGAAAGAAGAGGUAUUCCUGGAUGGAGCAAUCAUUCCAGGCUGGGAAGGAAAAAUAGUGGCCUGGCUAGAAGAGGACCGAGGUGAGGAAAGGCCAUUGUAGGUUCAAGCUGAGGGACCAUGACACUUUUCUUUUUUGCUCCUGGUCACUCUGAUCCCAGAGGCCCAUUGAGACAACUGUUCAGAACAGAGGCACAUGUGGACACUUUUUGAGAUUCAAAUUAUUAGCAAAAUACUGUAAGACUUGUCAGCAGGAGAUUUGGUCAGCUGGUACUAAACCGUACUGAUAACCCUACUCGCUCUGGAAACAGUGUUAAUCUGUAAGUGAUGUCUAGAAUAUCGUAAUGCUCAGUGCCUUACAAAGAAAAGCUAUUUCCAUCAUGUGCUUAUUAUUGCCAGGCUGUAACUGUAGUAUCAAAACUGGACUCAAACGUAGACAGAAACAUUGUUUUGAAUGAACUGUUUCACAGUAGUGUUGUUGUUUCACUUGUAGUUGAGGCCAGAGAUUUGUAUUGAGGAACUGGAAAAAAUGUACCAAGUCAUUUUGAAGCAGUAUUGUCUUUAAAAACAAAUACCACCAGAUUACAUGUUAGAAAUGUGUAUUGUCUAUUGUUCUUUAGCCCAGGUCUUACUUCAGUCUUAAUUGUGAAUGUAAAGUGAAUAUACAGUGUUAUCUACCAUAACAAGAAAUAGGAAAGAAAUGUCUGGAGAAAAAAAAUAACAAGAUUGAUUUUGUUUUAGUGCUGCACAAGUUUUGUCUACAUUCUGACCUACUGCUGACAAAUACACUGAGCAGAUACCAGCUUCUAUUGUUAUUACAAUGGCAGUUACUACUAUGUAUUAUUUACAUAUAACAGAUAACAGUAAAAAGAAGUAGGGUAAUGGUCAUCUGGAGAUGACCAAACAGAAAAGUCUAUUGCAAAAAGAAAAAAAACAAAACAGCUGAAGGUAUUUCAGACUAACCAGUUUAACUAAAUAUCACCCAAGUCCCGAUGAGGGCUUAAAUGUCAGUCUGUAGCACACCAGCAUGCAUGUAAAUAGAGUAUGCUCAAACUGAACUGCUGCCGGUGAAUAGAAGUGAUGCUGACUCUUUGACGUUCAUGUAGAAAUGCAGAUGAGCAGCACUAUUGUUUUGUUUACUUUUAUGAAAUUGUUUUGUACAUUUGUGUAAAAUAUUGUCACUGUACCUUUACAUUUUUGAAGUUUAUGUCUCUUAUUUGUUUAAAGAGAGAUUCUUGUGAGGUGAUAAUGUCUCUGCUCCUGUUAAAAAAAAUAGAUGCUGUUUAUGUGAUUUUGACAUCAGAGAUUUAAAGGAGACUUUUGUACUGGAACAAUGGACCAUCCCACUAUUUAUGGUUUGUGUGUGUGUGUGUGUGUGAGAGAGAGAGAGAGAGAGAGAGAGAGAGAGAGAGAGAGGACCUUUGACACGUAAAUGCCAGAAGAACAGUGGUUAUGACUGUUCUACUUGAUGCAGUAAAAUACUCAGCUCUCAGUGUUAGGACAUUUUCAGACCCCUGAGGUCUGUAUAAAAAACACAGACUGAAACUGGCUAUCACGUUUUCCUUUACUCUGCUUCUGUCUUCCCAUUUGGGAUCAAUGUGUUUGCCUUCACUAACAAGCCAACAGAAAUAUGCAUCAUUCUACUUUUUAACUAAGACCCAUUUGAAUGCUGUAACUGCCUGUACUGUAUAAUGUACAAUUUGCUGGUGAGAUGGUUAUUUAGCAUUUGUUUUGUUUAUUGAAAUUUUUACAAAAUAUGGAUACUGUCUGUUUAAGAAAAUAAAAAUGGCCUUUAUUGAAUGUUAGAAAAACAGAUAUUUCGAAAUAAAACCUGAGUUUUGUUUUUAAAAAGA